CUUGAAUGCUAUCAACAUGGCACUCGUCAACUACUCGGACAGUGAGAGCGACGGCGAAACUGCGCCAGCACCAGCAACAGCGACAACAGCCAAAGCAACAACAAAGCCGGCAUUCCAGAAAGCAGCUCCCGGACGACUUCAGGUCAGCCUGCCGAGUCUGAAGCCUGAAGUGGGUCUGAAGAGCGACGACGCAGAUUUAGACGGACCACCAGCGAAGAGAGCGAGGACAGGCGGCGCAUUCAGUGGCUUCAAUGCACUCUUACCAGCACCGAAGAAGGCAGUGGUACUGAAAAAGGGUGUCAACCUGAAGACGAGCAGUGAAGCGGCUUUCAGUCGCAAUCCACUCCCACAGCAGACCGAAGACAACGCCUACACGGCCCCAGACUUGAGCGAUGUUGGCGAGAAGAAGGCCGAGAAACAUAGUCCACCACCAGAACCCAAGAUCGUGGGCAAGGCGACGAGAUUCCUGCCACUGAGUGUGUCGAGUAAGAAGAAGAAGAAGCCACUGCCGAAAAUACCUGCGUCGGAGAAGAUUGUGGCGAAAGGGUCAGACUCAGCAAUACCAAAAGAUGUAGCGACGGAAGUCGAACCAGUUCAACCGAAGCCAAAGAAAUCGCUCUUCUCUGUCAUCUCAGAUGAACAGAAUGUGCCGAUAGACAGCGUCACGGGAGACUACGAACCCAUCACGAUAGAAAGUACUCGACCCUCGCAUCAUGGAGAAACAUCACAACCUCUAGAUCCUCAACCCUCUUCUGCACCCACAAAUCCAAACUCUCUCGAAGCAGUUGCCGCAAGCAUGAAUCUCACUCCUGCUCAGCGGAGACACCUCUUCGGCCGAAAUGGCAAGGAUGCGAAUGUCACGCACUUUGACAUGGAUGCCCAAUAUGCGGAGAACGAACGCGCUCGACAGGCUGGAGAAGUUGUGGAACAUCGUGCCGUGAAGGCUAUCGCUCCGGGCAAGCACAGUCUGCAGCAGCUUGUCAAUAAUGCUCAGACUCAGCAGGAGGCGCUCAAGGAUAAGUGGGCUGACGGUAAACGGGCACGAGGAGAAGGCGGGAGCAAGUAUGGUUGGAGCACUUGAGGAGACAUGCUGAUGGGAUGUCUAUUCAAUCCGUAUGUCAUUACUGGCUAUAGUGCAAUAAUCUGCUAGGUGGUGUUUGUCUUAGCUGGCAUUUAUCCGGAAACAACCUAUCACGAUACACUCGCCAUUCAAACAAGUGUCUUCGCUUCUUGGACGGCUGUGCUGUGUGCUACCAGCACAAACACUUCCUCUGUCUUCUGAUCAAAGGCCGACUUCCACAAGCAUUCUCCUACCACGCAACACGUUCUCCGGCUCGAAACUCACAUCUUACGACAAUGAGGAAGGCCAGCACGGAACCCUUCCAACUCUCUGAAGCAUUGCUGUCGUCAUUUACCCUCGCCCAGUCGUCUCGGUUUAUUGGAGUACAGGAGAAGUCCUGCUGGCUGUCACCUCUGCUUUGAUAUGACUAACUGUCUUACUCUAAACUACGUCUCCCAUCGACCCGAGGAGAGAUUGUGCUACAACUUGAACGCAA